AUGGCCUCUGAGCGGCGGAGGAGCAUAGGCUCCAUGUUCGGCCAGAAAGACAAGGACAGCACGCUGGCUGCAUCGCGGGCACAGUCAAAGGGCCCAGACUCGUCCACUGUCUCAAUUGCGAGCAGCGACGGCAACGAUGACUUGCGCAAGUCGAGCGACGGCACCACGGACCGCUUGAGGAGUCGCCAGAACUCCGAAGACGCCCGCAGCGACGUCUCAUCGUCGCAUCGCCGGCGCAUGUCGAAGCUCUUCAAGGCUCGCAAGAAGAGCAAAGGCUCUCUCAGCCAGGACGACGUCUCGCAACUCGACCCCGAUGAGGUUGUUCCUCCCGUUCCUACCAUUAGGCGUCCGAGCAUGGGUCACCCAUACCAGAGCGACGACUCCCUAGGACUCGCGAAGAGCGUCGCAAGCAGUCUGCUCACUGACGACUCAGACAUGGAAUCCCCACCACCACUCAAACGUCCCGGCAUAUCACCACAUCAGUCGCAUGCCGGCCUCUUGACGCUGUCGUCGCCCCUGAUCGCUUCCGAGACAAUCGACUCUGCAGAUUCUACCGAUGUCACUCUCGUAAACUCUGAAGCCUCCACCGAGGAGCCUACCGCCCGGAACACAAGCAAGCGGGGCGUGUCUCCCGUUGGCAAGCUCAAGGAAGCUUUCGCGCCUAAUCGAAGGUCCACGUCUCCGGCCCCUAUAAACGGUGCUAGCCCUGAGCCUGCAAGACCCAGUACAAGCGGAGGUGGACUAGGAGCGCUGUUUGGAGGGAAGAAGCGCGAGACGAGGGUGUUGGAUGAUCCCAUCCAAGCCUCACCACCACAGAUACAGAUACACACAGAAGACGAGACAAAAUCUACGCCAUCGCUGAGAUCCGUUGCCCCGAAGCGCAUCAUCACCUCGCUCCCCGCGACUCCUCCCAAUCUAUCUGAUGCACCCACGACCUUCAUAACUCCGCCCACUCCGACCGACGGGAAGGCUUCUUCCCCAACAGAGUCGACUAGCUCCAAGAACACUGUCAAGCGCAACAACACUGAGACAAACCCCAACGUAGUCGUCUCCCCCUCGGGGAAUAUGAUAUCGCACAGACGUGUACGAUCAGCCACCAAUCCUCCGAGCAAGCUAUCACAUUCGUCGAUACCGCCCCUUACUCCUCAUCUAGAGGAAGCAAAGACCCCUGGAGGGACUGCUGUACUUCCAUCAUCUCCUGGCGGGCCUGGUGGAUUCUUCGCUUCCAUCUUUUCUGCAGCUCAGAACGCUGCUAACAACUUGGGCGACACCAUUGCGAACAGCGCAAAUCCAAAGAACAAGCCCAAUCAGCAACAGCAGAAAGAGGACGACAUUACCGCUGACGGCGGAGAAGAAGUUAUUGGACCUGAGAACAUUGACACCACCACGAGCGAAGGCACCGAGAAGCGCAGACCCGCCAUUGAGACACUCGGAUCCGGAAACUUGAGCUUAGCCCAACUUGGCAUUACUGAAAGCAACGAGGUCAGUCCAAUGUCUUCCGCGACUAACGUCACGAUGAAGGCGGAUGAAGCUUCGGCCAAGGUCGAGGACAGGGCUGCUGCACAGGCCGUCUCUGCCGCGUACGCAGGAGAAAAGCCUCCGUCAGUUGCCAGUGAACGUCCACGAUCAUUGACUGCUGUUUCUGGUCAAUCAGGAGCAGGUGCAACCUCUCCUCCACGGCAACCUGAAAUAACCGACUCACCGGCAUCAAUUGGACGGCAAGGCAGCAUACGCAGUCGUAUAAGCGGUGGCAGAAGGAGACGGCAUAGGGGCAGCUCCGCUGCUACCGGCAAUACUUUGAGCGGGGUCGUCACCGCAAGCACAAGUACAUUGGCACCAAACGCCGCACUAAACAGCCACCGUCUGAACGGAACUGGAUUCGCGGUUGCACCUCCUAGGCGAAAUAAGGAUUUCCACGCCCUGUUCAAAAGCGUUCCUGAGGACGAUUAUCUGAUCGAGGACUAUAGUGCAGCCCUUCAGAAAGAGAUCCUGCUUCAUGGACGUUUGUAUGUUUCUGAAGGACAUCUUUGCUUUUCCAGUAACAUUCUUGGAUGGGUCACAAAUUUGGUCAUUAGCUUCGAUGAGGUCGUCUCUGUCGAGAAGAAGUCCACGGCCGUCCUGUUUCCCAAUGCCAUUGUCAUCCAGACACUUCACGCUCGCAACGUUUUUGCGUCGUUCUUGUCGCGAGACUCCACCUACGAUUUAAUCAUUGGCAUAUGGAAAAUAUCGCAUCCCAAUCUCAAGUCAUCCCUCAACGGAGUAACUCUAGACGGUUCCGGUGGUACUGGCGACAAGACGGAGAAAGCAGAAUCUAUUGGCAGUGACGACGGUUCUCUGCAAGAUUCCGACGAUGAGGUGUACGACGAAGAUGCGGACGAAGACGAAGGCACUGGCAGCUUCACUGACCCUGGCGAAGGCAGUAUAGCUGGUAGCGAAGUUGGUUCUUCAGCUGGCGAAACCACCCGCAAGGUGAGCGGCGCAGUGUCGCAGGCCUUUGGUGGUGGCGGUGAGACGGCCGAGGCCGCCAAAGCAGUCACAAAUGGCACUGCAACUGCAGGACAAGACUUCCCUGGUUCAGCAACACACGCACCUACUGAGUGUGGUGACAGCGACCAGCAUUACGAUAAACUGCUCAUUGAUACGACAAUUCCGGCACCUCUGGGCAAGGUUUACAGCUUGAUGUUCGGCCCUGCUUCUGGCGUGUUCAUGCGCAAAUGGCUAGUCGACGACCAGAAGUCCUUGGACUUACAGAUGGAAGACGACAAGAAGGGCUUGGGUGAAGACGUGAAGACAUUCAACUAUUCCUACAUCAAGCCGCUAAACGCGCCUGUCGGACCACGCCAGACGAAGUGCAACAUUGCCAUGAACCUGGAGCAGUACGACCUGGAAAAGGCCGUGAGCGUGCUAUGCAGCACAGCAACACCAGACGUACCUAACGGCAGCAUAUUCCUUACCAAGACGAGGUACUGCUUAAUGUGGGGACCAGGAAACAGUACAAGGCUUAUCAUGACCUUUACGGUGGAAUGGAGCGGAAAGAGUUGGCUGAAGGGUCCCAUUGAGAAGGGUGCAAAUGACGGUCAAAUGUCGUACGCCACCUCCCUUACAGCCGCUCUUCGCACUGCCGUGAGCGUCACGAAAGCCGGUCCAUCUCGAUUACCUGGAAAGGGUGGAAAAGGAAAGAGGCGCUCGAAGGGCAAUCUUCUAGAAGAGGCACCCGUGCCUGCCGCCGCUCCCGCUCCCACUAGUCAAGCAAAGCAAAGCAAUUGGGGUUUGUUGGAACCAUUACGCAGUCUCCUUGGCCCAUUCGCCGAUAUCCUGGAAUCUAUCUUCACACCGCAAGUCAUCAUCCUCAUUAUGGGAGCCCUCCUCGUGUACACCUGGUUCUUCCGUGGCGGAUCCGCAGUAACUGGUCCAAACCAAUGGUCAGCUGCUCAGCGUCAGGUUGCAUAUGAGGAGAUCUGGCGCCAUGAGGAGUCGGAUCUAUGGAGCUGGCUCGAAGAGAGGGUCGCUCUCGAUAGGGUGCAAAGCUCCGUCACUGGAGCGCGGAUCCAGCCGGAAGACGGGACGCAAAAGCCCCUAGCGCCCCAAAACAUGCAGGCGCGGGAGAUGGAUGAAGCGAUCCGCGUGACUGAAGAACGACUGAAGGCAUUGAAAGAUGCAGUGACUCGCGAGCGCUCCAAGUCGCGUACUAAAAGCCUAAAAGAGGAACAAACAUAA